UUGGAUAUCUCAACAGGAACUUUUUUUAUUGAAACAACGUCUUUGUCUAGUGUGGCCUCCAGUUUAUCUCGCUUGUCUCCAAAAGAAAUUUUGCUCCCAGAGCGUUUGUUGAGAGAAGGCACCUUUGCACAAUCUAUACAAAGUUGGGAUAAAUUUAUGGUCUUUUUGCCAGAGAGCCGAUUUAAUGAAGCCAAUGCUCAAGAAUCUGUCCGUGAGUCCUUUAAAACAGAAGCUUUAGAGGCGAUAGGAAACUUCUGUGCGGAAGCAUGGGUUGCUGCAGGGGUCUUAUUAUCUUACGUAAAAUUGACUCAAAAGGGAGGGCUGCCUCAUGUGCUUCCUCCACGAAAGUUGAGUGAAGAAAAGUUUUUGUCCAUUGAUACAGCAACGCGGCUUAAUUUAGAGCUUGAACGAACCUUAAAAGGGGAACGUUCAGGCUCUUUGCUCUCAGUGAUUGACCGCACGUUGACGAAUGCGGGGGGACGGUGUUUGCUCCAUGAUCUCCACUUCCCUCUAACAGACAUUGGACGACUGCAAGAACGGCUUGAUUUUGUGUCUUGGUGCGUGGAACAUCCUGACUUCAUAACCCAUUGUCGAUCCCAUCUGAAAAUGGUUCCUGACCUUGAACGUGCUUUGGCACGACUUAGCUUAAAUCGUGGAGGACCUAGAGAUUUAGGUGUUGUGAGAGAUGCUUUGCAGCAAGCUGUAUCGUUAAAAGAGCUUGGGAUGCGCUAUGAAGAGAAAACCAUUUUGGCAGAAAAAUGUUUCCAAGCUCUUGAAGGGUACCAAGAACUUUCAGAGGUUCUUUCUUUCGCUUUAGAGGAAGAUCUUCCCCUCCUUGCCAGGGUUGGAGGGUUUAUCGCAUCAGGAUACAGUACUCAGUUAGAUGAGAGUAUUCAAUUGCGCGAUGAAGGGCGUACGUUGAUUCAAAAUCUACAAACACGUUAUGUUCAAGAAACAGGCGUGAAUACCCUAAAGAUAAAGCACAAUAAUGUUUUAGGAUAUUAUAUCGAAGUUUCCGCCCAACACGCCAAGAAGUUACCCGAUUCAGAGUAUAUUCACCGACAAACGUUGGCGAGUGCUAUGCGUUUUACCACAACAGAACUCGCUGAUUUAGAAGCCAAGUUGAAUAAUGCUGUUGAAGAGGUCUUAAGACAAGAGUUACAGCUUUUUGAGGAUUUGGUUUCACGUGUUCUGUCCUAUGCUAAAGAACUGUCAACCUUAUCACAGGCCUUGGCUCGCUUGGAUGUUACAGCGUCUCAUGCAACAUUAGCGGUGGAGGAAGGGUAUACGUAUCCUCAAAUUGAUGGGACACAUGCUUUACAUAUUGAAAAGGGGUGCCACCCCGUUGUUGAAGAUUCUCUAAAAGUAAGUGGCGAACAAUUUGUUACCAACGAUUGUACUUUAAGUGGCGAUCAACGUUUGUGGCUCAUUACAGGGCCGAAUAUGGCGGGUAAAAGCACAUUUUUGCGCCAGAAUGCUUUGAUCGUUUUAUUGGCUCAAAUGGGGGCUUUUGUUCCAGCAGAAAAGGCUCAUAUUGGCGUGUGUGACCGUUUGUUUAGCCGUGUGGGUGCUGCGGAUGAUUUGGCCCGUGGGCGUUCUACAUUUCCUACUUUUAACAACUGA